UGUGGUGUUUCCUGUAAAGGAACGGGGGAUCAGGGUCAAAGAUCUUCACAUAGACAUAGGUUUCUUUGUUUCUCGCUUUCUCAUUUAAUGCUAAGACACACCCACCUGACAGCUAUCAGCCUUACAGUCCCACCUACACUUAAUGCAAGCCCUUUUCAUUCAUGGAUAUAGCAGUUGUACUAAUUUAUUGGACUGUUCUUCCUGAUAGCCUAACAACCUCUCUUCUGCUGUUAAUCACAGCGCUUCUUGUUUGCUUGUUUUUGUCAGGCUUGGACAAAGGAUUGAACUCAAAUGCAAGGUAGUGAUUAGGGUCUGAUGCAGAGAUGUUGAAAAAUCUACACAUAUUUGUCAGUCUGCUCAUCCUAUUGCCGUGGUUAUUGCUCGUCCAUGCUUGGUACUACGGCCUUGUCCAUCUACAACCUAGACUAAAAGGAUGCAUAAAAGAUGGUGAAUACCAGAGGCAGCCGAUAAUCUACGCCAUCACGCCCACCUACAGUCGACCAGUUCAGAAGGCCGAUCUGACUAGUAUCGCCAACACCUUUCUUAAUGUGGUCAACCUGCAUUGGAUCGUGGUGGAGGACUCGCAGAACAGGACGUCUCUGGUCAGUCGUCUCCUUCAGACGACUGGACUCUCCUACACCCACCUCAAUGUGCCAUCGCCUACGACAUUCAAACCCAAUGGAAAGGGUACCUUACAAAGAAACAAAGCCUUGGAAUGGUUGCGGCAAACCUUCAACGUGAACGACACCCAUCUUGGCGUGGUCUAUUUUGCAGACGAUGACAACACUUAUAGCCUGCAACUGUUUGAUGAGAUGCGAUGGACCACCAAAGUCUCAGUAUGGCCCGUCGCAUUUGCGGGGGGCCUUCGGUACGAGUCCCCCAAAGUAAAUGCCAUGGAUAAAGUGGACGGCUGGAACGUUUCGUAUGAUCCUCAUCGACCCUUUGCCAUUGACAUGGCUGGAUUUGCAGUCAACCUACAUCUCAUCCUGUCAAAACCUUCGGCUAAUUUUGAUCUGCAAGCGAAGGCAGGAUACCAGGAGAGCAGCCUACUAACCCAACUGGUGGUCUCCCUUGACGACUUGGAGCCCAAAGCGCAAAACUGCACCAAGGUCUUAGUGUGGCACACCCGCACACAAAAGCCAAACCUGGGACCCAAGGAUGGGAAAGGAUUUUUAGACCCUAAUGUGGAGACAUGACAUCCACUAACAGAAAAAGAUCAUUUGCAAAGUAUCUAUAAUAUGUUAUAUUUACCCCGGAACCCACUAAGAUUCUCCUGCUAAUGGGACACAAGUUUUGAUCUUGAAAAAAGUCAACUUUGACACUGAAAAAUGUUAAAUAUAGAAAAAAAAAAGAGUGCAAAUUGGGUUGGGUUUUAAAUCUUGUAAACUAAUAAUUUAUUAAUAUUUUCCACUUUGAUAUCAUUGAGCUUUUUUUUUUUUUUUUUUUGCAGAUUAAAAUAUUUUUACAGUGUGAA